GUUGUGAUUGAUUGACUAACAAAAUGGCAUUUAAAAAAGUCUGAAAGCUAAAGAUUUACCUGAGAAGUAACGUGCAUAAAAAAACUAUGUACCAGGAAUGGUUAUGUUCACCUUGAGGAAGCUUCUCUACGUCUACUGUUGUGUCUCAGUCUUCAUCAUCUUGUGGCUUCUUAAUUACCAUGUUACUGAUAAAGGAGAGGAUGAUGUUUUAGAGGAAAGACUUGAUGUACUCCAAAAAAGACUGGAUGAUAAACAUAAAUUAUUGGAAGAAUCAAAGCAGAAAGUCAAAGAUUAUGAAGAGAAACUACAUAAAUGUAGAAUAUUUAAGCCAUUUCAGAAAUCAUUCAAUACAUCUCUCCCUAUUAUUUAUUUAAUCACACCUACAUAUGACAGAAUUGAACAAAAGGCAGAACUAACACGUCUUUAUUAUACCUUGCUUCAUGUGCCUAAUAUACACUGGAUAUUAGUGGAGGACUCUGACAGAAAAACGGAAAAAGUCCAACAUUUUCUGGCAAACUGUAAAAUACAUUACACACAUCUAAAUGUUGCCACCCCACAGCAAGUAAAGUUGAAGAGUUCUGACCCCAACUGGCUGAAGCCGAGAGGUGUUUUACAGAGGAAUGCAGGACUGACAUGGAUACGUGCAUCUCUUGAUCCACACAAGGACAAGGGAGUUGUUUAUUUUGCUGAUGAUGACAACACUUACAGUGUAGAACUGUUUGAGGAGAUGCGUCUCACUAAGAAAGUUUCUGUGUGGCCCGUUGCAAUGGUGGGAGGGUUGAGAUUUGAGAGUCCAAUCUGUGAUAAGAAUUCAGUAACAGGCUGGGGGGUGUACUACAGGCCAACAAGGCCAUUCCCUAUAGAUAUGGCAGGCUUUGCUGUCAAUCUCCAGCUGUUCUUUGAUCACCCGAAUGCUUGGUUUAGUAAUAAUGUACAGCGAGGCUACCAAGAAUCCACCAUUCUCAAACUGCUAGAUAUUACAAUGGCUGACUUAGAACCCAGAGCAGACAAAUGCACCAAGAUUUUGGUUUGGCACACACGGACAGAAAAAUAUAACCCCAAAAAUGAAGCUAAAUUGAAACAGAAGAGUGGGAAAGGAACAGAUCCAAAUGUAGAAAUAUAGGAAGAUCACAAGAUGGCUGACAAAGAAACUGUUUAUCAUUUUAAUAUACAUGUACAUACACAGCUGUAUUAAAUGGUGCCAUGGGUUAUUUUGCAUAAUGUGUGUGUAUGUUUUUAAAGGGGGUUCUGAGAAAUUUGAGUAAAUUUUUUGAUAUUUCAUUUACUGUUUAUGACUGUGUGCGAGUGUGAGUUAUAGUGUGUGAGUUAUAGUGUGUGUUUUAUAGUGUGUGAGUUAUAGAAUGCUGGAGUGGUAUGAUUGGAUAACUGCAGAAUGUGUGUCUAAGGAGUUGAGGAACACAUUUUGCUAGUUUGUUUUUAUGAACAGAUCGCCCUCUCAAUAUUCAUCAAUACAUUUCUACUUUUUAAAAAAAAAACUUUUAUCUUAAAUAUUUCAGUACAUAUGUGACAAGGUCUUCCAUCAAAUAAAUAAAAAAAAACACUAGAUGGGGGAUCAAUGAUUUUUUUUAAUGUACAGUAAAGAGAGUGACCUAGCUGUAAUGAAAAUGACACACUCAUACAAAUUCAAGACAUUUGCAAUAUAAUUAUUAAUUGCAAUAGGUUAAAAUCAAUAUUGAUUUUCUUCUUACCAGUAUUCCCAAGGUUCAGUAAGGAAUAACUGAAGUUAAAACUGCAAAGUACAUGUAGAUUUCUCACAAGAGAACAUCAACCUCUUAUUUUCAGAAUAUCAUUCAAGUUCAAAGAAGUAUUUUGUGCUUCAGUAUUUAAACUAACAUUCACACAUAGCAACCAUAUCCUCACAUAUUUGUUCUACCACUCAUACUCAGGACUCGGCAAUAAAUCACAUGACAAACAUGUGGUAUCCAAACACAGCAAUCAUUUGACAUCCAAACACAGCAAUCGUGACACAGAACAGUCUACAAACAUGAAAACAAUACAAACAUGUUGAAAAUGAUGACAUGAAUAUUGUAUAAUUUUUUUUAAGCUGUGUGCUACUCUUAAAAGCUGGCUGAGAUAAUAAAUAUCAAGAUAUACACAAUUAAGUGAUUGUCUUCCUGUGACACAUAGGUACAGUGUAGCUGAAAGAUCUAAUGUUCAAGAUUUAAUAUGAACACCAUUAUGUCCAUGAACAUUUUUUGUGGUGACAAGGUAUUUUUCAACCUUCACAUUUCAUAUUCAGUGCUUAAGUGUCAAUGGUAAGUGAAAGAUACAUUUAGACUGGUCAUAAGGUCAGAAUUAUGCAGGGGCCCUAGAUGACUUUUUCAUUUCUCUUCAUACUACCUAUCGCAAUUAUCUUAAUGGAUUAUGCAUUUUAUGAAUUGUUCAUGUACAUUUCAAAUAAAUACUACUACUUCUGCAAGAUAAUUUUUUCUAUCAGUAUUCAUUCUACUCGAAGGAGUCAAUGUUAACUACAGCAAGGUAUACACAGGUUUGAUCAUUCCAUCUGUACAAGAAUGCAUGGACGUAUGUACAUGUAUGUUCAACUAAAUGCUUGAAAGACUUUUUAAAUAAGAGUGUUUUGUGAAUAAAGUUUUUCAGUUACUCAGAAAUUAAUAUAAUUCAUCAAGUUCAUGUAUUUUUUUCUGAUUUAAAAGCAUUAACUGUACAAUUGCAUUUAAUUUUAACUUCUUUGAAAUAAGGGUUCUGUGCUUACAUAAAAGUUGCAACAGUAACAUUAAAAGAUGAAACAUGUCCGAGUUUGGAGAUUCUUUUGUGAAAAAAUAAAAGUAUUCUGUCCCCUCGCUUAAGGCUUGGGGAUAGAAAAUACUACUUGCUGGAUAUAAAUCAUAUCCAGAGGAGACCCUAUAAAUAACCUAUGCUCCAGAGGGGAUCCUACAUAUAACCUGUGCUCCAGAGGAGAUCCUAUAUAUAACCUGUGCUCCAGAGGAGAUCCUACAUAUAACCUGUGCUCCAGAGGAGAUCCUAUAUAUAACGUGCUUCAGAGGAGAUCCUAUAUAUAACCUGUGUUCCAGAGGAGAUCCUACAUAUAACCUGUGCUCCAGAGGAGAUUCUAUAUAUAACCUGUGCUCCAGAGGAAUUCCUAUAUAUAACCUGUGCUUCAGGGGAAAUCCUAUAUAUAACCUGUGCUCUAGAGGAGAUUC